AUGUUCCUCGCUAGCACAUUCGCUCAGCAAGCUGAGGAUUUCUUUACUUUUCUGGGGGCUACAGGAACCUGCAAUAAUGAGACAAUAAACGCAUUCCUUAUCGAUGCGAUGGCUCUGGCGGACGCUUUUAACUCGGCCGUCACCGCUAUUUCGAAAACUCCAGAGGAGAAAGACGGCUAUGUCGCACGAUGUCUGCUCGCUGCCUGGCUUGGCAUCCCAAUGGACGAUGACUUGAACUGGAUCACGAAAACGAAUAUACAGGGAAAAAAGUGGGAAGAUUACACCGAGCAAUGGCAACGGGUGCUGGAUGUCAACGACCAAGUUCAGGACUUCCUUGACGGGAAUGACCUUAUCGCCCCUGAAAGCCCCCCCCCCGAGUUGCUUUGCGGCGGAACCAGCUUCCACCCGUUUGAAUGGACAGAUUCUGUGAUGGAAUGGGACUCUUUGAAUGGCAAAGAAACCGUGUGGGAAAUCGAUGAGAGCGACGUUCAGAUUUCUCAGGUUUAUGAUUCCAAUUCUGACUCUCUGCCCUAUCUUCUUCCAAACAACCACAAGUACUACGUCGUCAGAGAUGAUCUAUCCCGCACCAACAUCUGCAAUCCUCUGGAUACGACAAAAGAGCCUUUUUUAGGUCACGUAUUUGCUGGUCAGGCUGCAGCCCUCAAGACCGUUAUGGCCCAACCCGUGUCUAUUGAUGGUGUCUCGCCUCUGGUUGUGAUGUGCCCAGCCGGUCUCACAGAGGGCAGUCUGGCGGAUCUGAAAUCGAAAGAAAACACGAGGACAAUCGGACAGACUGACAUCAACACAAUCAACUGGGAAGUUCCUGGACCGACCACUCUCUUUCAUGAAUUGAUCCACUUGACAUCAUUUUGGACCGAGACUGAGAGCGGUGCCUUCACAAAAAAUGACAAUUAUAUUGAAGAUUAUAGCUGUGGGUUUCAUUUCUGUUUUUUUUAUCUUCGAUACAUGCGCUGA